CCUUGUUACAAAUAGCUAUCUGUCUGAUCCUCAAAUUCAAGCUAGUGGGGUUAAGAGCGAGUUGACACUCCAUAUAUAUCUUUCAUGUACACCUCUGAAACGUAAGAAAGCUCAUCUGACCGCAGUUUAGCUCCCUCUUAGACAGAGGCCAGAGGGAGAAAGAGAGAGAGAGAGAGGAGAAGGCUGAGACUGAACAUUCAAGAUGGCCGGAGGUGUCAUCGUGGCGAACGACGGUGAUGGCUCCGCCGUGGACCACGGCGGACGGCUGACGUUCUCGGUGGUCAUCACCUGCCUCGUGGCGGCCUCCGGCGGCCUCAUCUUCGGCUACGACGUCGGCAUCUCAGGCGGCGUCUCGACGAUGGAGCCGUUCCUGCGGCGGUUCUUCCCCGGCGUGGUGAGGAGGAUGGCGGAGGCGAGGCCCGGGAACGAGUACUGCGUCUACGACAGCCAGGCGCUGACGGCGUUCACGUCGUCGCUGUACGUCGCCGGGCUGGUGGCGUCGCUCGUGGCCAGCCGCGUCACCAGGGCGAUGGGGCGGCAGGCCGUCAUGGUCAUGGGCGGCGCGCUCUUCUUCGCCGGCGGCGCCGUCACCGGCUUCGCCGUGAACAUCGCCAUGCUCAUCGUCGGCCGCAUGCUGCUCGGCUUCGGCGUCGGCUUCACCAACCAGGCGGCUCCUCUCUUCCUCGCCGAGAUGGCCCCGACGCGGUGGCGCGGCUCGCUCACGGCCGGGUUCCAGUUCUUCCUCGCCGUCGGCGUCGUCAUCGCCACCGUCACCAACUACUUCGCGUCGCGCGUCCCCUGGGGGUGGCGCCUCUCCCUCGGCCUCGCGGGGGCGCCCGCCGUCGUCAUCUUCCUGGGCGCGCUCUUCCUCACCGACACGCCCAGCAGCCUCGUCAUGCGCGGCGACACGGCCCGCGCGCGCGCCGCGCUGCUCCGGGUGCGCGGGGCUGGCGCCGACGUGGAGGCGGAGCUGAAGGGCAUCGUGCGCGCCGUGGAGGUGGCGCGCCAGGGGGAGGACGGCGCGUUCCGGCGGAUGGCGGCGAGGCGGGAGUACCGCCCUUACCUGGUGUUCGCCGUGGCCAUGCCCAUGUUCUUCCAGCUCACGGGCGUCAUCGUGAUCUCCUUCUUCUCCCCGCUGGUGUUCCGCACCGUCGGGUUCGGCAGCAACGCCGCGCUGAUGGGCAACGUCAUCCUCGGCGCCGUCAACCUCGUCUGCCUCAUGCUCUCCACCCUCGUCAUCGACCGCUACGGCCGCAAGGUGCUCUUCAUGGUCGGCGGCGCCAUCAUGAUCAUCGCCCAGGUUGGGGUGGCGUGGAUCAUGGGGGCGCAGGUGGGGAAGAACGGGUCGGAGGCGAUGGCGAGGCCGUACGCGGUGGCGGUGGUGGCGUUCACGUGCCUGCACACGGCGGGGUUCGGGUGGUCGUGGGGCCCGCUGGGGUGGGUGAUCCCCGGCGAGAUAUUCCCGGUGGACAUCCGGUCGGCGGGGCAGGCGAUGAACGUGUCCAUCGGCCUCGGCCUCACCUUCGUGCAGACGCAGUCGUUCCUCGCCAUGCUCUGCCGGUUCAGGUACGGCACCUUCGCCUACUACGCCGCGUGGGUCGCCGUCAUGACCGUCUUCAUCGCCGUCUUCCUGCCGGAGACCAAGGGCGUCCCGCUCGAGUCCAUGGCCACCGUCUGGGCGCGACACUGGUACUGGAAGCGGUUCGCGCGGGAGCAACCAAAGACGAGCGCCGACGAACCGACCGGGACGUACUGAUGUUUCACGAUGUGUAGAUGUACUUAAUUCUGUGGAGUACAUGUCUUGUAUAACUUUUGAAUCAUGGUACUUGGUCCUAGUUCACUCGUCUGUUUCAAUCGAAAUCAAAUGUAUAGAACUCCAACAUCGGUCGCUCCGAUCCUACAUAGCUCAAGUGUUGAAAAAUCCUCACGACACUGUUGCAAGUGAUUUAGGAUUUGAAUAGCCCACGUGGGUGUCUAGCGUGGCAAAAAAAAAAAAAAA